UUUACUUGAAAGACUUGAACAAGAGAUGUGGAAAUUAUCUGUAGGAGGGUUGGUUGGGAUAAUUCUCUGUUUUCAAUAUGCUCACUCGCAGGUAGCGAAAACAAUUGCCAGAGAUUUGGAUAUAAAAUAUGCUGUUCGUACGAACUUUGCCAUGGUGGGUAGGGCACCCCAUUCCGUGGCUGAAUUAACUUUAACUAAUACUGGAAACACGGCAUUGCCAGAAACAGGGUACUCUUUGUUCUUUUGUCAUGACAAUUUCCUGUUCCCUGUAAGCUACCAGGAGGAUUUAGCCAAAUAUGAGGCAGCACCUUAUGGGGGACCUUUGAUAAUUGAGGGAUAUGAUGUAAAUUUCCUUCAUGGCUGUAUGUAUGAAUUUAAAGCCGUCGGUGCUGGUCUUCAGCCAAAAGAAUCCAAGAACAUUACUUUAUAUUUCCAACCAUUUACUGUGAGCAGGUAUGACUCUUUCCGAAACUGGUAUGUAAGAGAUAACGCAAAUAAUAUCGAGGUGCUUCCAGAUACUGUAAACCUUGACUAUGUGGGUGACUUUAAAACCCCCCUUAACCAGUUACGUAGAACAGAUGAUUUACAGAGUGUACCCAAGGAACCACAAGAUAGACAGAACGCCUAUGUACCUUUUAUGAGCGGAGUCCUGUAUGACGUCACACCAAAACCUAGAGAACAGACAGUUAACCAACCGGUCAAUCUAAUUGACGUCACGGCAGCAAAAGGAGGCUGGAAGAUCGCAGCCACAGAUCCUACCCUAGAUACGGCAAGAGACUAUCUAGCAUCCCAAACCAAGAUAAAGACAGCAACUGCAGCCCCAGCCAACCCCAAAACGAUAGAGCUUAAUCUGAAACCGGCAUCUUAUUUCCCAACCCAGGUCUACGGACCUGUUACCGAUGAAGCUUACGAGUUGAAGAUAACACCUAAUAAAAUUGAAAUCAACGGUGCAUCUCCUAAAGGUGUAAUCAAUGGUAUCCAUACCUUCAUUUCCCAGCAGGCUUGGCGAGAGGUCCCCGAACAGAUUAUUAGGGAUGGUCCAAGAUUCCCUGAAAGAGCAUUACACCUGGACAUAGCUUCCAACUUCUACCAGCCAGCAGAAAUAAAAAAGGUCAUAGAUUUGAUGGCUUUAUACAAACUCAACCGCCUGUACUUGCAGCUUUGGAACAACCAUGGACUCCGAUUGGACAUGGGUCUUGGAGCUGCACAGAUUGCUGGAAAACGAUGCCAUGACCCCAAAGAGGAGAUGUGUCUUUUCACCCAGCUUGGUUCAAACCCAGACGGAAGCGGACUAGGAAACGGUUACCUUACCCCAACACAAUUCAAAAAUCUUAUAGAAUACGCAGAUGAUCGCGGAGUCAUGAUUGUUCCAUCUGUCAACGUUGGUGAUAAUGCACGUGCCAUGGUAGUUGGAAUGGAGGGUGCCAUCAAGAGUGGUAAACAAGGGAUUAGUCUGUUCGACCCGACAGACGAGGAUUUGAGAAUCUCUGGAAGAUAUCCCGGAAAAGACACCGCCAUUAACCCAUGCAGACCGGAAACCAUGCAAUUUGUAAACUAUGUAUUAAAGAGUUUAAAAAGAAUUUACUCACAGGCCGGUAUACCAUUGUCGAGGUUGCACUUUGGAUCCGACUUCAACACCGAGCAGAUGAUGACCUCCAAACACUGUUUCCCUAUAGCUCCCAGAAAUGCAACAGAGUUACAAGCUGCUCGUUCCAAGCUAACAGCAAUCAAAGCCGACUUCCUGGCACAACUUGGAGCACUAUUUACCAGGGAGAACGUUGAUAUCAGCGGAACAGUAGACUUUUUCACCGGUUUUCCCGACAACGAGUUUGUUUCCAGAAUGACUAUUAUGGACAAAUCCAAGCGAUACCCCAAUAUCAGCGCUUUUGCCAUUAACGAUGACUACAUGAGAUUCAAUCCCCCAGCAGGUCCAAACUCGCGAAUGGAGAUCUACGCUAAUCGUGCGCAACUUCUAAAGAACAACGGCUACAAGGUUUUGGUCUCACCACCACAUAAGACAAAAUUCGACACUGCCUACGAACCUGACCCCAACGCUCCCGGGGAUUAUAGCGUUGCCACAAGAAACGUGAGCUUACGCGAGGCUUUUGCUUGGGUUCCGAACAGCAGGUGCUGCAACCUUAACUUAGCUCCAGAACAAGUAGCCAAUGAAGUCACAAAGCAUGGCUGUCUUGCGAGUACACUGUGUGAUCCAUUUGCUGACGGCAUAACUAGUUUUGAUGGCACAAUGGCUACUAUUGAUACCCGUAAGUUACCGAACAUCAACACAACUCUCCAGCUUCUUACCCCUCGUCUCUUCAGCUUUGCGGAACGUUCUUGGCACGAGGCCCCAUGGGAGGCCUCAUUUACAGCAGCCACGCCCUAUCAACCACCCCAAGCACAAAAUCAGGCCAUGGUGCCCCCAUUAGAUGUAUCACCAACUCUUAAUCCAGACUUCACCGGGCUAGAAGAAGACUACCAGCGAUUCAGGAGUAUUAUUGGUGCAAAGGAAGUCAUGCGAGUCGCCAGCAAGGGAAUUCCUGUAUUCUGUUCAGCCCCUGGGGCAAGAGUUGUAAGACAACCAACCGGUGACAAACUGGAAACGUCCUGUAUGUACCCUAACAUGAAAGUGUAUGUCAAAAACAAUAUGGGAGAAUUUGAAGAAAUGAAAACGAUACCAACCACAAAUGUGACGAUAAAAUGCCAGUAUUAUUUGCCUAGUUUCCGACGCUUUUUUGAGUGCUAUGAACAAGAGUUCAAUUCAAACCUCGAUAAAACACCCUACGAACAUGUUUAUGAUCAUAUACAACAAAGAGCAGAGGCUAUGAGGAGGGAACAGGAAGCUCUCAGAAUCCGUAAUCAGCAAAACAUCAUGGAGAUGGCAAGACGACAAGCUGCACAGCAAGCUGCAUUCUUACAGCGACAGCAGCAGCAAGGAGGUGGGCAACAGGGUGGAGCUGGGCAACUUCCAGGAGCCGCGCAACUUGCAGGUGCCGGGCAACAAGGAAGAGGACAAGGAGGAGCACGGCGCCAAGGUGCAGGCCAGAGAGGGGCCGGACAGGCAGGGAGGGGGGCCCAACAGAGAAGACAAGCCGGGAGAUAAAUCGGUCAAGUCCUAAAUUAUAACAUCAUCUGGAUGUGUGUCCAAUAGUACUGUUUGUAUGAUGAAGUAAAUCCAUUAUUGUUUUCACAAUUUUAGAAUUUAAUGAAUGCUUUUUUUUAGUUUUUAUAUGAAAAAAAUUGUCAACUUGACAAAAACUUUUUUUUGAGGAUUUGAGAAUUAUGUGUUUUGUAAAGAUAACAAAUGCAUAACUGUUACUUUAUAUUAAGAAAAAAAAGUUCUUAGUAAUCCAAUGAUAUUUUUGGGUUUUGUCUCCGAAUGUGCAACUCUGAAAGCAUUUUUUUAAUAAUUUAAAUGAAUAAUGUACCCAACUCUAAUCAUAUUCUUCACUUAAAUAUAUCUUUACACAUAUAAAAAUUAAUUACUGAUCCCUGCUAUUUGCUUAAGGAGGAAUGUUCUUCUGCUAAGGAAGAUAAAUUCAUGAAGUGAGUUGUCUCAAACUUGACCUAACAUGGUAUACUUGGCUUGAAUUUUGAAUUGUAUUCCUAAUUUCUGUUAGAAAAGAUGGUCCUUGCUUACUUUUCCCAUAUUUUAGUGAGUAGAGGGACAUUCUUCCUUAAUUUAUAAUACAGGCCAUAUGUGUCUCUCUACAAAAUCAAUACGAAUGUAAAUUCAUGCUUUUUCAUACCAACACAUUCUCUUCUGUAUAAGCUACAUAAUUCCUGUUAGGAACUCUACAUAAUUUGACAUGACCGUUAUCUGUCUGUUUCAUCAGAAAAUAAAUUCCAAGCUUGAUGUGAUCUGAAAUACACCGUUGUUUCUAUGUUUACGAAUUUUCUAACUGUAAAUCUGGUACACUUACAUUAAAUGUAUGUCGAAUUCUUAUUUUUAUAUGUUUAUACAAACUAUGUAGUGAUACAAAGUGAUACAUGAUCUCAUGAAAACUCUGUUAUGAUAAUAAUGAUAUUCUCAUCCAGUGAUUUGCAUGCAUUCAUGGUGCACUCUAUGAUGUUGGUUGAAUUAAAAUUGGAAAUGGGA